CCUCUGAAGCACUAGAUUGUACCAAGUCAAGGCAACAAAGUCUUUAUAUACAUGCUCAAUUUUCAUAUCACUCUCCUUCCCCUUCAAAUUCACAUACUCAUUUCUCUCUCUGCGCAAACCAUUUUAACACACCAGCAAAGCCGAUUCUAGCAAAGAGUUUCUGCAUUUUUCUCUAUAGCUUGUUUUCACUAUGAGAUCGGGCAUGUUUCAUUAUGGUGGGUGUGAGGAUUAUUACAACGAGCCUCACUUCCUUGAAGCUUGUUUCCUUUGCAGGAAACCACUUGCUUCAAACAGUGACAUCUUCAUGUACAGAGGGAACACACCAUUCUGUAGCAAAGAGUGCAGGCAAGAACAGAUAGAGAUUGAUGAAUCAAAAGAGAAAAGCUUGAAACUUUCUUCUUCAUCUUCUUCUGCUUCUUCUUCUUCUUCCACUAGGGCUAUAAGAAAUAAGUCAGACCCCAACAAGAACUCUACACCAAACAAGGCUGUAAGGACGGGUACAGUUGCAGUGGCCUAAGCUAAGACUUCGUCUACAGCAAGCAGAAAGAAUGGUUAUCUAAAUCUUUCUAUUUUUAGAAAGAAAAAACUUCCACUUGAAAAUUAAUAGAGGAAGAAGUUGGAUCUAAAAGGGGUUGAGUAAUAUUGUAAAGAAAUAUUGGUGGGCUUAAAAGUUUGUGACAAAAAAAUGAAGACCCAUCAGAAAAUUUUGUUCUUAAAUUUUUUUUGGUAUUUACUUUUGUGUUAUUCCUUGUUGGAUGUUUGUUUAAGGAAUAACUAUUAUGGAAGAGUGGACAGAGUGGUUUCUGUAAUUUUUGUGUAAUGAGAUCUCUGUCUAGAGUUUUCUCUCUUUUGCAAAAAAUAUGAGGCGGUGAAAAUUAUCGAAGAUAAACUGUCCACAAAGUUUUUUAUUAAGAUAAAGUUCAUGGUUUCCUGCUAA